AUGAUUUAUAUUAUUGUUUUCUAUACAAUAUUCAUUUUUAUACCAAAUAAUUUUGCACAAAUUCCAACUAAUAUACGUAUAGUAUCCACAGAUAAAGAUUUUAUUCGGUUAUCAUGGACUAAACCCGAUCGUUUAACAUCAAUACAUGGUUAUAUAAUAAAAUAUCGUCCAAUAAAUUCAAAUCAAUCAUGGACUGUACGACAAACAAAUACUACACAAAUAAUUUUAAAUGAACUUCGUCCUAUAACAAAAUAUGAAAUUAUUUUACAAGCUCAUAUAAAUUCAUCAUAUACAGAUUCAUCUGGACCAUCAACACGUAUUGAAGCUAUAACAGAUGAAACAGGUAACUUCCUGUUCAUUAUUACUCAUAAAGUUAUAUCGAAAUAUAAAUAA